GCCAUUUGGAACUCAAGCUCUCCGUGCAUAUCAACUUCGGAAAUCACGGCUGGCUUUUGCCCAUAAUCUCCAAAAUGUAUACUCGUCCUGGUGUACCGCCGUUCAAGCUCAUCGGAUCCAUUUCCUUGGGCCUCCUGACCGGAGUCUCAUAUACCUUGAAUGCCAUAGCUGUACCAGCGCUCCUGACGCUACCCUCCUCCGCAACCGCAUCGACCGCCUUCACCCUUCUUAAUACCCGCGCCGUCCAAACUCUCCGUGUAUUCACUGGGUUAUCAACUGUCUGCUUCCUCUCUGCAUACGCCCUGUCUCCUCGCGGCUUCCGCCACCCAUAUCUCCUCUGGAGCACACUCAUUGUUGCGGCAAGCGGCUCCGUCGACCUAUUUCUCCAGCCCGCUCGCGCAUCCUCGUCUCCGGCGCUUAAGGAACGGGUCAGGAAGGACAAGGGAAAGGCUAAGCUGGAUGCCAGCUAUGAGUUGCUUGGCGACAGCAAUAGUGAUGCAGGGAUUAGCGAUGAAGGCAGCGAGGAAGAUGUGAAUGGCGAGGACGUGAGGGCUGAAAUGCUGGGCUUCAAGUCGCUACAGGCUCUUAGGUUCUACCUUUCUGGUGCAGGAUUUGUGGUGAGCUUGAUUGGCUUGUGGGGCGAUGGCGCCUGGUGAAGGGGCCGUUGGUAGUGAUGAUAUUAUGAUGGAAAUCGAAGGGUGGGCAGGUGUUUCAUAGGCGAAUCGGAAAGUCGCAACUUUAUAUAAGAAAAAUAAAACAUGG